AUGCAUCGCCAGUACACCAAUAACUCUGGCUCGACCGAAGCGGAAGAGUUCACACAGGAAGAACUUCAAGAAUUCGCCCAAGCAUUCAAAAUGUUUGACAAAGACGGCAACGGUACAAUGAAUAUCAAGGAGUUAGGUGUGGCCAUGCGAACGUUGGGCAUGAAUCCGACAGAAGAAGAGUUGCAGAACAUGGUCAACGAGUACGACGUCGAUGGUAACGGAAAAAUUGACUUUGGCGAAUUCUGUAAGAUGAUGAAGGAAAUGAACAAAGAGACGGAUCAGGAACUGAUACGACUCGCCUUCAAGGUGUUCGACAAAGAUGGCAAUGGCUACAUAACCGCCCAAGAAUUCAAGCACUUCAUGACGACAAUGGGUGAACGGUUCACUGAGGAGGAGGUGGAUGAGAUAAUCAAGGAAGUCGACAAGGACGGCGAUGAGCAGAUUGACUACGAAGAGUUCGUGCAGAUGAUUGCUCCGAUCGUCUCUGAAGGCAACAAAGACGAUCCGUUCGCCGAGCCUCCACCGGCCGCUGCCACCACAAAGUGA